AGCCCGUGACCAGGAACUUGAUGGGCGGGGAUCCCUUGGCAGGCAGCUCACUCGGUUGCCGUCUCUGCCAGCUCUCGUACCGCGGAGCUGAUUUCUCGGAGGCUCCCGGACUACGGCUCUGCGGCAGCAAAGACUGUCACGGAUCCCGCCUCGGUCCUCAGACCGAGCUGCCGCCGCCGUUGUGCUUUGUCCGAGGCCCGGCCGGGAGGAGAAGGGAGGCGCUGACUCCUAAGGGGAGGGGUGGUGGCAUUCGAGGUUUUUCCCAUUGCCCAAGUCUGUCCCUGCUCUUGGAGUGCCAUGCUUCGCUGGGUGCGGGGCUUCGUGCUGCCCGUGGCGGCUUGCCAGGAAACCGAUACCUACAAGCGCUAUGAAAACCUCUUCCAGAAGUUAGACCGCAACGGGGAUGGAACGGUGGACAUCCUUGAGCUGCAAGAGGGCCUGAAAAACCUGGGCAUCUCCCUAGGCCAAGAAGCGGAAGAGAAAAUUUUCAAUGUUGGAGAUACCAAUCGUGAUGGGCAGCUGGACUUUGAGGAGUUUACGAAGUACCUUAAAGAUCAUGAGAAAAAGAUGAAGUUGGCAUUUAGGAGUCUGGACAAGAAUAACGAUGGAAAAAUUGAUGCUUCAGAAGUUGUCCAGUCUUUGAAGAUCCUAGGCAUAAGUAUUUCUGAACAACAGGCAGAGAAGAUUCUUCAAAGCAUUGAUGCUGAUGGGACAAUGUCUGUUGACUGGAAUGAAUGGAGGGACUACUUUUUAUUUAAUCCUGCUGAAAACAUUGAGGAAAUAGUUCGCUUCUGGAAACAUUCUGGGAUUGAUAUAGGGGAUAGCCUGUCUAUUCCAGAUGAUUUCACAGAAGAGGAAAAGAAGUCUGGCCAGUGGUGGAGACAGCUCUUGGCAGGAGGAAUCGCUGGGGCUGUCUCACGAACAAGUACAGCACCUUUAGAUAGGCUGAAGGUCAUGAUGCAGGUGCAUGGUUCAAAGUCAAACAAAAUGAACCUAGUUGGUGGAUUUAAGCAGAUGGUGAAAGAAGGAGGCAUCCUGUCCCUUUGGAGGGGAAAUGGUGUGAAUGUUAUUAAAAUUGCUCCCGAGACAGCUGUUAAAUUCUGGGCAUAUGAACAGUAUAAGAGUUGGCUGACCAAUGAUGGUGCCAAAUUAGGGACCAUGCAGAGAUUUAUUGCUGGUUCUAUGGCAGGAACGACAGCACAGACAUUCAUCUACCCCAUGGAGGUUCUAAAGACAAGGUUGGCUGUAGGCAAAACUGGGCAAUACUCAGGAAUGUUCGACUGUGCCAAGAAGAUUUUGAAGCAUGAAGGCGUGAAAGCCUUUUACAAAGGCUACAUCCCAAACUUCCUCGGUGUCAUCCCCUAUGCAGGAAUAGAUCUGGCUGUUUAUGAGCUGUUGAAGAGUCAUUGGCUAGAACAUUAUGUAGAAGACUCCGUAAACCCUGGGGUAUUUGUACUGCUGGGAUGUGGUACCUUGUCCAGUACAUGUGGCCAGUUGGCCAGCUACCCCCUGGCCCUGGUCAGAACUCGAAUGCAGGCUCAAGCCAUGGUGGAAGGAGCACCCCAGAUGAAUAUGGUUGGCCUCUUUAAGAGAAUAGUUACCCGAGAAGGAAUCUUUGGACUUUAUCGGGGCAUCACUCCUAACUUCAUGAAAGUGCUGCCUGCAGUGAGCAUCAGCUACGUUGUAUAUGAGAAAAUGAAGGAAAGCUUGGGAGUAGUCUGAUUGCACGAAAGCACGUCAGUAUCUAUCUGCGUGUCCCUCGUCCCUUAAAGUCACCAAAGCUCUUUGAGAAGAGAUGAGUCAUGGCCCCAGUGGGAGAAACAUAUCAAACAGCACAUCAAGCGUCUUACCUUAAUUUUGUAUAUGUGAAAAUUUAAAGAUGAAAUUACACUUUUGUUAAGUUCUUUUUAUGUUAAAAAAGUUUGAUAUUCACAGAGCUCAACUCGCCUUUCCUGUUGUCCUUCUCUUGGCUCCUGAAGGCUGCGUCUAAAACAGUCAUUCAAUUAGCUUGAAGUACAAUUGAAGAGAAACUUACUCUCAAGAGUACUUUUCAAAUAUUUACUUUUUGGUCAGCCAGGCUGAUUUAUGUUAUCUUUUGUAUUUAAAUGCCUUAAAAAUUUUUACCAGCUGUGUUUUACAUUUUUUUUUUGUAUAUUUGGAACAUCUUUUGCUGCAACCAUUAGAGGAAAAUAAAACCCAACAGUGCAUUUAAGCUAGUUUAUAAUAAGUAAGCAAGUAGAGUUCUUUUUCUUUAAGCAAAAUAAAAACACAAGGGGAGAGUUGUCAGUGUGAGAAUACCUCCAUUUCUUAUCAUUAUGAAGUAUGGAAGAGUGAUGAAACUAUGCUCAUUUCACUGGUUACCUUUUUGGCUUCAUUUGUAGAUGUUAUUAUGUUAAUAGCUCAUUUUGGUUGUCAUUACUAAAUUUGGAAAGGAAAUCACCAGUAUGAACAAAUCUGCUUAAUAAUGAAGGAAGAGCUCAGUGGGGAACAGCCUUUGAAAUCUUAAAUUCCACUUUUCGGUUCUUUUCUGGAGUAGAAUAAUGUCUCCUUCAUCAGUUUCUUUGCUGUUACUCCUGUCAACCCAAGGAAACAAUAGUGUAUUUUUCAAUAGUUCUUCAAGGUUUAUUAGUGUUUUCAUCACAGCUACCUUGUUAAUGUUGAUAGCAUAUGUUUCAUCAUUUCCAUUUUAUAGAAGUGAAGUGAUUUGCCCGAAGGAGCAGAGGUAAUAAGUGGCAGAACUGGAACUCCAUGCCAGGCUGUCUGAUGCCAGUCAGUUGGUCAGUCAGUGACCAGGCACUGUUAAGCUCUGGGGAUACAAUAAAAGGGGCAAAAACUAUUCUUAUCCGCAAAGAGCAUAUAUUCUAAUGGAGAGGUGAGGUAUAAAUAGGUACAUAAAAGGUAUAUACAGCAUAGAUAGGAGGUAAAUGGAGGCACUGGCAGAUGGGAUUGGAAAAAGAGGGUUCUUACCACAUACUGCUGCCUCCCCAGAAAUGAGUCUAAGUUGUUUUCUGUGUGCCAAGUAAAAUUAUCCAUAUGUCAGGAGCACCAGGUGUUCUUGGCAGCUGAUUCCAAUUCUAGGUACAUUUCAGUGGAACAUGGAUGAUUAACUGUACAGAGAGAAACCCUGGAGCUGCUGUGGCAGCAGCCCACAUCUGUGCUCUGGGACCUAGUGUGAAAUUACUUGCAUUUUGUCUCCAAGCCAUUCAUUGCCAGAAAGGGAGACUGUGGGGCCUGAGUUAUUUACUACAUGUGCAGCCAAUAGCUAGGUACUAAUUUGUUUUUUUAAAAAUUUAUUUAAAAUUUAUGGAAAUAAAACAAGCAUUUACAAUAAAAGAGAAGAUUGCACAUGAAACUGCAGAUCUAGUAUGCACAACUUGCUAUUCCUUUAAAUAUGCCACAGAAUUAUCAUGUAAAUUUCUUUUUUCCCUGUUUCUCCCCUCCCCUGCCCAUAGCUACCAUUAGACACAAAUAGGUAUAUAUAUGUAAAAUUAUCCUGUACAUCUAUUAGUACUUUCUCUGGAUAUAGAUAGCAUCUUUCUUGAUAUGUCCUUUAUAGUUAAUUUGGGCAUUUACAGGCACCAAUUUACAAAGUGAUUCCUAUUUGAACAGUACUUUAGGGCAUAAAAUAUCUGCAUUGUAGUAUCACUGACCUAAAUUUGUGUUCACAAAGCAUUUUUUUUGGCCUUUUUUUUUUCUUUCUGAAAUUUGUUGAAUAAGAUUUACAAAUACUUGUUUGGAGCUUAUAACUCAACUCCCCAAACUUGUAAAUAACAAGCUUGAGGAUUCCUGAUAGGCCCUUUUUUUUGGGGUGGUGGCAGUUGUAAUAAAGCACCUAGACAUGUGAAAAAUCAAGUGCUGCUUAUAGCUACUGUUUGCUUUUCCUUAAUCUACCUCCUGUGUUUUCUGAACCAAAGAGAGCAACAAUGCAUUUGACUUCUACCAGAUGCUUGGGAAGUUUGAUUUGAAAGUAGUUUUCACGAAAAAUUAUUCCUGCUGAAUGUUUCCAUGUCUAGAAUAUAGAUGAGUAUAGAAUGCAGUUGUGUCCUCCGGGAAUUUCCUGGUACCUUGGAAUAAGCCCCAAAUAGCUCAGCAGGAUACACAUUUCAGUCUUUAUUCAUCAAGCAUGAGGAUUGUUCAUUUUGCUAACUUUGACAUAUAUCUAGUUGCUGAAAAAGAAAAACUGCUCAGCUGUCACCAUUUGCCUCUAUAGAGAUUAUCUGAAAUGUGUAAGGAAUGAAAGCGAUUUAUAUGUGCUUCAUCUCUCUCUGGAAAACAUCUGUUUACUUUCAUAAAGCUGGAAUUUUUAGGUAGCCUCUUUCUGGCAUUGAACCAUGUAUUUAUAUUAAAAUGACAAGAAAAAAUUUUUGUUUCU